GCAAACCAGACGCCACAUGAUAACUGUGCUUUCAGAAACAUACAUCUGUCACACUGGGAUGUAAUGAAUUACACAGGCGCGCGAGGAACGCACGUACUCUUCAUCAACUGGAGAUUCCAUAGACGUCAAGUUUCAGAGAAAAUGUGCGCAUGGAACAGCAUAGAAAGUUCAAAGACAGAUAAUCGUAAUACUAUAGUUUUGUGGGGAAAAGUGUAAUGUUAUAUUGGAUAUUGUUUAAAAUCUACAAUAAGUUAUCUAAAUAUUAUUUUAUAAUUUGAUCAGGGAAAAAACUGGGAAAAAAUCAUUCUCCUAACAACACAGAAUUAAAGCUAAACAAUAUGAGAUUGGCAAGGUUUACAAAGAGAUGUGUUGUGCUUGUGAUUGUCGGUGUAUUGUCAGUACACUUACUUUGGUACUUCACUUCUGAAACGAACACGAGAAACUUGCAAUCUGUGAAAGUAUUUCAAAGAAAAAACAGGACAGUUACUGCCUUACGCCGACGUAAAAUUGAUGUACCUAUACUACUGUGGUGGGAUUCCGUGUAUACAGAUGUAGAUGAAAUAAGAAAUUGUGGAGAAAAUAAAUGCCGAUUGACAAAUAAUAGACAGUUUCAAAAUCAUUUCAACACAUCUGCAUUUUUGUUUUAUGGCUCAAACUUCAAACCAUACGAGUUGCCGCUGCCACGAAAACCACAUCACAUAUGGGCUUUGAUGCACGAGGAAUCACCAAGAAAUGCAUACAUCCUACUCCACGAGCCAGCUUUAUCUAUCUUCAAUUUUACAUCAACUUAUAGCAUGCAAUCUGAUUAUCCAAUAACAACGCAGUGGUUACAAUGUUCUGACUGGCUACAAGAUACGAAAUAUGUCCUACCAUUGGUUGAUAAAAAUAGAUUACGAAAUCUUGGUUUGGCGCCUAUUCUGUAUCUUCAAAGUGACUGUGAUGUUCCAACAGAUAGAGACAGUUUUGUAAAACUUUUGCAAAAGUAUAUACCCGUGGACUCGUAUGGGACAUGUUUACAAAAUAAGAAAAUGGCUCGAAGAUUGAGAUUUCAGGACAACAUGGCUCCGCUUGACGACCACGAAUUCUUCCGGUUUGCAGCCCGUUAUAAGUUCACUUUAGCCAUGGAGAACUAUGUGUGUGAAGAUUAUAUUACAGAGAAGUUAUGGAGACCUUUACGCAUUGGUUCUAUACCGAUAGUGUUUGGUGCCCCUAAUGUCAGGGAGUACCUGCCUACUAAUAAAUCAGCAAUAAUGGUAGAUGACUUUGAGGAUGUGGAGGAUCUUGUAAAAUAUAUACGUCUGUUAGAUACGAACGAUAAGCUUUACAAACAGUAUAUAUCAUUCAAGGAUGAAUCCAUCGAAAAGAAUAAGUUAAAACAAAUACUUCAGUCAAGAGACUGGUCCCCUGAGUUUUGUAGUAAAUCCUCUAAAAAUUCUAUGGGCCAGAUAAAAACUCAAUAUAACUCAAUUUUCACGGGAUAUGAGUGUUUUAUUUGCAACAAAGUUCAUGAAUAUAUCAAAACAGACAGUAAGAUAGUAUUUCAAGUUAACUCAAGUGAUUACAGCUGUCCGUCACCUAGACGUUUUGACGAAAGCGGUCGAUACAGUGUGCACACGGACAUGUGGGCAGCAGAAUGGCAGUAUGGUAAACAUGAGGCCAAAGCCAUGAGUCUUUUAUAUGAACGUGGUAAAACUAUGACACAAAGAGAGUUCAGCAAAUUUGUUAAAGAUACAAUGAACAAUGAUGAUAUAUAAGCAUGUCAAUACCAAAAUCUAUUUGAUAUAUUUAACAGUCGAUAGCAUUGUUAUUCUCAAGUUAUUACAAUUGAAGAUUGUAAUAAAGUAUAAGCAAUAUAAGACUCCGACAAUUAUCAAUACUUAGUAUUAACAAAUGUACAAAUUCGAUUAUAAAUCUGAAAAAUCACUG